AGUGAUUACUGCACAAUGCAACAACAAUAUCCUGCAACCAAACAACGUAACACUACUGUAGGCUAUCCACAAGUUUUAACAGUCUGCUUAUAUAAUUUAUACCUGUCGACAACGAGGAACAAACGAAAGACGUACCUGUGCUGCAAUAUGGCUGAAGUCGAAGACACUUUGAAGAGGAUUCACGGCUAUAGCGGUGUUAUUGGCACAAUAGUCGUUAACGGAGAAGGCAUUCCCAUCAGAACAACACUAGACAACUCAACGACGGUGCAGUAUGUAGGACUAUUGCAUCAGCUGACUAUGAAAGCCAGGAGUACCGUCAGAGACAUCGACCCCCAGAAUGACCUGACAUUUCUACGCAUCAGGUCCAAGAAACACGAGAUCAUGGUGGCGCCAGAUAAAGAAUUCCUGUUCAUCGUCAUCCAAAGCCCAUCUGAAUAGAUGACAUACUCACUAAAUUAUAUUAGUUAAAACGUAAAUUUUUUGUACACUGUCCUAAACAAGUAUAACAUUUCGUCUAGUGAAUGUACCUUUUGAAAUAAUCCAAUUUUCUUUUUAAAUUAUAACGAUAUAUAUGAUUGUGCAAUGUGAUUGAUUGCAUGUAAAGUCAUCAAUAAAUAAGUGAAUUGUUGUCUUUA